AUGGCUGACCGUCAAAAGGGGAGAUAUACCAAUGGCUCUGGUAGAACCUGUCAAAACUGCGCGAGGGCCAAAAUCCGAUGCAUUCGUUCUGAGGCUACAGGGAGUUGCGACCGGUGGGUUAAUUGGAGAGAUCGUCGAUGCUCAAUGUCUGACUGGCUGAUAGAUGCGGCCGCUUGGGGAAAUCCUGUCACUUUCGGGAGGGUGGAAAUAAGGAUGGAGACCCUGGAAGCCAAAGUGGAUCAGCUCCUAGCCCAAUCAGGGGUGCCAAUUCCGGUACUAUAUUGUUUCCACGUGCUUUAUUGA